AGCAAUGCGCGCGUCAUGAACGCGCACCGCCCGGUGAGGGCGCUCUCACGUGCCCUGUCACGUGCCUUAUCCCAGUCGUCGUCCUCUUCGGCCGCCGCCGCCGCCGCCGCAGAAUCCUCCUUCCCGCUGAAGAAUGUGACCAAAUCGAACUUCGAGCCGGCGCUCGCCGAGCUCCGCCGCCACGUCGCCGCCGCAGACUUCGUGGCCGUCGACCUCGAGAUGAGCGGAGUCACCAGCGCCCCCUGGAGGGACUCCCUGGAGUUCGACCGCGCUGACGUCAGCUACCUGAAGAUGAAGGACUCGGCGGAGAAGUUCGCCCUGCUCCAGUUCGGCGUCUGCCCCUUCCGAUGGGACUCCGGCAAGAAAUCCUUCAUCGCUCACCCGCACAAUUUCUAUAUUUUUCCACGUCAAGAGCUUCCUGUCGGAAGCCCCACUUAUGAGUUUCUCUGCCAGACUACGUCAAUUGACUUCUUAGCAAAAUACCGGUUCGAUUUCAAUAUGUGCAUACACGAAGGGAUAUCUUAUCUAUCUAAGGGGCAGGAAAGUGAAGCACUGAGACGUCUACAUUUGGCAUAUGAGGAUGGAUCCAACUUGAAAGAAGUAAGGGAUGCCCCCUUUAUUAAGAUUGUUGACACUCUCUUCACUGAGCGGAUGAAAAAUAAAUUUACUGAGUGGCGUGAUGGGUUGCUGAGAAGUAGAAAUGGAGGGUUACCAUUUCAGGGAAUCUCAUGUGACCACCAGCAACAUUUAGAAACCAUUUUCUUUAAGAUGCGUCCAGCUCUUAGUCUAAAUGGAUUUACAGCUCAUCAGCUUAAAUUGAUUCAACUGGUCGUUAGAAGGCAUUUCCAAGAUCUUUCUCAUGUUCAGAUAAAUGGGGAAAAUUCCUGCCAACAGCAACUAGUUGUGCAUACAGAUUCUGAGGAUGAUAGGGAGUCACUCAUGAAAGAGGUGAAGGAUGAACAUCUACGACUAGCAGAGACCGAGAUUCAAGCUGCAGUCGGGUUUCGUCAUGUUAUUGACCUUCUUUCCUCAGAAAAAAAGCUGAUUGUUGGUCACAAUUGCUUUCUGGAUAUUGCACACAUAUACAGAAAAUUUGUAGCUCCUCUUCCUUCAACUGCUGAAGAAUUUGUCUCUUCUGUUAACAAGUGUUUUCCGCACAUCAUUGACACCAAAGUACUCUUGAAUGCUGAUAUUUUGCUUCAAAAUCGGAUGAGGAAAACAUCACUCUCAUCAGCAUUCACAUCAUUAUGUCCGCAAAUUUCUCUGGGGGCAAAAAGCACUGAUCUAGCAUUCCAAAUGUGUGUCAAAGUUGAGGUUCAGGUUGAUGAUUUGAGUUCCUCCAACUGGAAUUCAGGAGCCAAACAUGAAGCUGGAUAUGAUGCUUUUAUGACAGGAUGUGUCUUUGCUCAGGCAUGCGGUCAUCUAGGUAUUGAUUUUGAGGCUUGUUUGACCUCUGAAAAGUUGGCCCACAAUGAAAAGCUCCAAAAGCACAUCAAUCUUCUAUUCCUUAGUUGGAGUAAAGGAGAUGUUAUUGAUUUAACAACAGGAAAUAAGAAUGUGAUAUCUGUGGGAUCUAGGAACAAACAGCACAACUCGAAGAUUUCGUUUGGAAAAAUUGCUUUAAUAUGGGGAUUUCCGUCCAAGCUUAAGGCACAAGAGAUAAGAGAAUGCAUUUCCAAAGUUUUUGGCGUGUCGUCUGUUGUAUCUGUCUAUCACUUGGAUGAAACUGCAGUGUUCGUUCAGUUUAACAAGAAGAAGUUGGUCUCUGAUUUUCUCAGCUUGAAGGAUACUUUAGAGAGAAAUCAUAGUCCCGUCUCGGUUUUGCAUCCUUUUGCUACAAUUUUGGAAGGUGGACAUACCAGAGCUGCUGAUUAUGAAACGUAUAAAGAAAUUUGUAGUUCGCCCAAUGCAAAAGUCUUGUUUGCAGAUCAGGCCAAGGCAUUUGGUAUCCAAUGGAAAACCAAGUUGGUUGAAGUUGAUGCAUCAUUGGACAGCCUAGAAAGUGAGAGUUCAUUGGAUAGCCAGGAAAGUGAAAUUUCAACUGAAGAAAUAGAUGCUUCGAGUCCUGCUUCAAAGGCUGACGAAGGAUCUGAAAGAAUUGACAUGGACGAUGUCCAAAGUGAUACAUCCAGUGCGAAUGUCUCGCACUUUGAGAUUAUAGAUUCUUUGAUCGCUUCUAGAGGCAACAAGGUCAGCACUAAUGUGUGACUAGUUCUAGGUUCUGCUGAAUCAGUUGCUGUAGUUAAUUUAUACAGAUUCUAUUUACAGAGACUCUGCCUUAAGCAAUCAGUACUUACUGAGAAUUACGUUAGCAAUGUGACAUUAAGAGCAGGAGAAAUCACUAUCAAAAUGCCAGUUUUUUGAUAGCAAAGCAUUCAUAACAUGCCUCACCGAUUUUCAUUGCAAUGUGGCUUCAGCCUUUUGGCCUGUCAGCAUUGUUCAUCCCUAUUGGAUCAAAUUAUCUAGUGCAUGAGAGCUCCCUUUUCAUUUUCAUGUGCAUUUUCUCAUUUUAUU